AUGGCAGACGACGGCGUCGAUCCCACCCAGUACUACCAGAACAGGCUCAGCGCCCUCGCCGCGCAGAAGGCCGCCGGCGUGAACCCCUACCCGCACGCCUUCCAGCCCACCGUCUCCGUCGCCGACUACGUCCACAGGUACAGGGGCCUGGCAGACGGGGAGAAGCUGGUGGACAUCACGGAGUCCCUGGCCGGGAGGGUCAUGAGCAAGAGGACGUCGUCCUCCAGCCUCUUCUUCUAUGACCUCCAUGGUGGGGGCGCCAAGGUCCAGGUCAUGGCCGACGCCGGGACAUCAGAGCUGGAGACACCCGAGGAGUUCUCCGCUUUCCACUCCGGCGUGAAGGUCGGCGACGUCGUUGGCGUGUUUGGGUUCCCCGGGAAGAGCAAUAGGGGCGAGCUCAGCAUAUUUCCUGCCCGGUUCGUUGUGCUCUCGCCCUGCCUGCACAUGCUGCCGCGGCAGCCAGAUAGGCACCGUCGCGCACCGCCGCUACCGUGGGCUCCCGGCAUGCCCAGGAACAUGGAGAGCUACGCCCUAAAGGACCAGAAGACACGGUACCGUCGGCGGUACUUCGAUCUCAUGGUGAACCCCGAGGUGAGGUCCGUCUUCACGACGCGAGCCAGAGUCGUCUCCUUCAUCCGCAACUUCCUCGACGAGCGCGGGUUUCUGGAGGUGGACACCCCGAUGAUGAACGUGGUGGCCGGUGGCGCCGCCGCGAGGCCGUUCGUCACGAACCACAACGACCUCAACAUGAAGCUGUACAUGCGCAUCGCGCCGGAGCUCUACCUGAAGCAGCUCGUCGUCGGGGGGCUGGACCGCGUGUACGAGAUCGGGAGGCAGUUCAGGAACGAAGGCAUCGACACGACGCACAACCCGGAGUUCACGACGUGCGAGUUCUACAUGGCAUAUACGGAUUACAACGACCUCAUGGAGCUCACGGAGGAGAUGCUGGGCGGCAUGGUGAAGGAGCUCACGGGCGGCUACAAGGUACAGUACCAUGCCAACGGGACCGACAAGCCGCCUAUCGAGAUCGAUUUCACGCCUUCGUUCGCGCGAAUCGACAUGAUCAAGGGACUGGAGCACAUGGCCGAUCUCAACAUACCGGAGGAGGAUCUGUCGACUGACGAUGCCAACGAGUACCUGAUGGAGGCCUGUGCCAGGUACGACAUUACGUGCCCGCUUCCACACACGACGGCACGGCUGCUGGACAAGCUUGUCGGGCACUUCUUGGAGGAGACAUGCGUGAACCCGACGUUCAUCAUCAACCAUCCGGAGAUCAUGAGCCCGCUGGCCAAGUCCCACAGGGACGAGGCCCGGCCUGGACUGACCGAAAGGUUUGAGCUGUUCAUCAACAAGCAUGAGGUGUGCAAUGCCUACACGGAGCUGAAUGACCCCGUCGUGCAGAGGCAGCGGUUUGAGGAGCAGCUGAGGAAUCGUCAGGACGGUGACGAUGAAGCAAUGUCCAUGGACGAAACGUUCUGCACUGCCCUUGAGUAUGGCCUGCCGCCGACCGGAGGCUGGGGUCUGGGGAUUGAUCGCCUCACCAUGUUGCUGACGGAUUCCCAAAACAUAAAGGAGGUCCUCCUGUUCCCGGCCAUGAAGCCUCAAGACAGCUAG